AUGUACACGUACGACUUUGUGGUGGUUCAUUUGUUGGAGUGCUCCCCCGCGGGAUUGAGGCCCUCCAAGACAUGUGCAUGUAAACUUGGAUACCUAUUGGUUGUUGAUCAGGUGGCUGUCGAUCUGUUCGACGAGCUUGGCAAUUGGCUUGCAAACGUUUCGCCACCAUACGAGGAGACAUCAUCAUUGUGCGUAGCGGUGGGUUACGCACAACGCUACGCACAACUACGCACUGAUGAUGUCACCUCGAUUGGUGAUGAAACGUUUGCAACCAAAUUGCCCAGCUCAGCGAACAAGCCAACGACCACGGUUUCUUCAGUUUAA